AUGCCGGCUACGUUGUCCGAUUCCCCCACCCAUCUUGAACCUCCAAGUCGAACCGUGGAGAAGGAGGACCCUGGAGCUGGGCACAACACUAGCUCAGCUUCCGACAGCGACGAGGAACAUUUCUCAGACGCCAGCGAGGGACAGCCAGAUCUACAGACGGAAUCGCCACAAUCGGGGCGCGCUUCUCCUAUUCCAGUCACCCGGGUUGAGCGAGUUGACGACCAAGCUUAUCACGGUGAAUUGCCCGGCACACAGGCAUACGAAAAACGAACACAAGACGCAGUACCCGACGAGGUUCGGUUGGUUUCCUCAGACCCAAGCGAGGAGCAGUCAAAUUUACAGACGGUAUCGCCGCAGUCUGGGCGUACCUCACCGAUCCCGUUAACUCGAGUUGAGCGAGUCGAUGAUAGUGUUCAACACGGCGAGGUACCUGGCACAGAAGCAUACGAAAAGCGAACACAAGACGCAGUUCCCGACGAGAUUGAAAUCGUUCCAGACAGCAUUACAAGCAGGAGUCCUUCUCCUGCGAAGUCGCCUGACCGACCCUUGACUCCCGGCGGCUCACCGACCCCUCGGACUGUUGUCGAAAAGGUAGAGCCGGAUGAACCGAGUCACGGAGAGAUACCAGGUACAGAAGCCUAUGAAAAGCGCCGGGCAGACGCAGUGCCGGACAUAGUCGCCAAGGUUGCGUCAAAUACGGAGAGUACGGGUGCGACGCCGACGGCCACCGAAGAAGCAAAUGCGUUGAACGCCGAGAGUCAACCCGUUCCCGAGACGCGGCUCACCAGAGUUGACACGAUACCAGCCGAAGAUCAAUCGCACACUGAAGCUCGUGCGCAUCAAAGCUCAUCCAGCGAUGCAUUACCCGACACGGUGGACACUGUCGUUGACGAGGCCUUGCCCGCUGCCUCAGAAGCAGACCAUGAACCAGUGGACACAAAAGCUGAUGAUGACUUUGGCGACGAUUUCGACGAAUUCGUGGAUGAACCGGGUGGGAUGAACGACAACGAUGAUUUUGGAGAUUUCGACGAUUUCGAUGAUGAUUUUCAGGAGCCUGAGGUUGUUGAGCAUGUCGCCGAUACCAGUACCACAUUUUCUCAACAGCCUCCGGCAUCUAUAUCUGUUCCUCCUCUGAUCGACUUUAACGACUUCUCAUCGACGUCUGAACUUCUUACAGCCUUAUCAGACACGCUCGACGACAUUUUCCCCGCAGUCAAAGACCUGCACUCUCUCCCGCCUGUCGAGCCGAUCCCAGACUCCUCGGCUAUCUUCAGCACUGAGCGUAGCCUUUCAUUAUGGUCGCAGCUCGUUGCACCACCACCUCUCCAGCCUCAAAAUUGGGUGAAAUCACGCAUUCGCCGACUUUUCUUAGUCUCACUGGGCGUACCCGUCGAUCUGGACGAAAUCCUUCCAGCAUCGAAGCAAAAGAAACUCAUCCUCCCAUCUAUCGACAUUGACAGUUCUGGGAACAACAACGACCAAUCCCAACCUCAGCCACGCAAAGAAGGUGACGAAACACCCACAUCAGGGCAGGCCCCUGCUCGCGCCAAAAACGCUCGCCGGGGCGCCACCCCACCCCCUCAAUUAGACCUCUCGUCCGUUCGGCGGCUGUGCACGACGACGGACGCUGCCCUUGAUGGGUUAACGGAUGGCGAAUUAUCACAGCAUGUCUCUGAGCUCGAGCAGAUCACUCUCCGCGCUAGUUCCGUCCUGGAAUUUUGGCUGAAGCGCCGGGAUGGGCUGAUUAGCGAAAAGGAGGCAUUUGAAGGAGUCAUUGAGAAUCUUGUCAGCCACGUCCGGCGAGCUAGGAAAUAA